GUAACUUUAAGUGCAUGACGAGAAGUGGGUCAUUGAGGGAGCAGAGAGGGAGAGAAUCAUGUGUUAGAGGAGGAGAGACAGUGGCUGAAGGGGGAGACGGACACCGGCAUGGAGAGAGACCCUCUGCAGCUCUUUGACUAAACUAUCCGCUGAUCCUGGAAAUAGAGAAGAGUCUUCAUCACCAUGGCGACUCACCCUAAGGACCCUCCCGAGGAUGUGACCAAGCAGAGCUUCUGGAUGCCGGGGAACUACGCCCGAACGGUUCGCCGCACCGAUCAGUCGUUCCAAGCUUGCAAUGACAUCGUGGCCUGCUUCGCAGAGAGAGCCAAGGUGGAGAAGCAGUACGCCCAGCAGCUUAGCCAGUGGAGCAGCAAGUGGAAGUCAGUGGUGGAUUCCAGGCCACUGUACGGCUCCCUCAUGAGAGCCUGGGAGAGCUUCUUCACCUCCACUGAGCGACUGUCAGCCCUGCACUCCUCCAUCUCUCAGUCCCUGGUGGCUGAAGAAGGUGAGCGAGUGAAGACCUGGCAGAAGGAGAUCUUUCCUAAAAAGCUCUUCUGUGGCUUCAGAGAAACAUAUGACAACAGAAGCAGCUUUUCACGAGCACAGAAGCCCUGGACAAAAAAGCUGAUAAAGUUGGAGAAGGCGCAGGCUGCGUAUCACAAGUCGUGUCAGAGGGAACAAGCAGCCAUCGACAAGGAGAAGCAGGCCAAUGAAAAUGCUGAAAUGAGUCCGGAGAAAAAGCAGAAGUUCAUAGUGGCCAAAGAAAAGGCCGCUGAGGACAAGGAGAAGACGAGAGAGUUCUAUGAGAAGAUGCUGGAGGACGUGACAGCCUACACACCUCGCUACAUGGAGGAGAUGGAGGCCAUUUUCGACCAGUCGCAGGAGGAGGAGAGGAAGAGGAUCAGCUUUUUGAAGCAGGCCUUCCUCUCCAUCCACAGACACCUGGACAUCACCAACAAUGAGAGUGUGAAGGCGGUGUACAGUGAACUCCACCACACCCUGAUGUCCAUUGAUGAGCAGGAGGACCUGAAGUGGUGGAAGAACCAUCAUGGCCCUGGCAUGGCCACCAACUGGCCCCAAAUAGAGGAGUGGGUCCCACCUGUGAAGAAGAUGAAGAGAAAGAAGAAGGAUCAGAAAGGAACAAGUCGACCCGUGAUGAUCGGAGGUGUGAAGGUGCGAGCCUUGUACGACUACGUGGGAGAGGAGGGGGAUGAGCUUUCCUUCAAAGCAGGAGAGGUGUUCCUGAAGGUGGAGGAGGAGGACGACCAGGGCUGGUGUCGAGGGGUCCUGAGCGGAGGGAAAGAGGGCUUCUAUCCAGCCAACUAUGUGGAAGUUGUGGAGUGAUCCAACCAUCUAAAGAUAGCAUUUAUCAUCUUACAUGGCUGAUCUUGUCACACGUUACUCUGAGUGCCUGGCUGCAGUUAUUAAAGUGCUUCCCUGGAGUCCUAGCCUCCAGGUUUGACUGCCAAUUUUCAAGAUAAGAAUGUAGUGUGUGUGUGUGUUUGUUUGUCUAUUUAUUUAUAACUGACUUUAUUUUUCAAAUCCUUGAUGGGUACACAACCUUUGUGCUGACAUGUGUUGACAGUUAACCGAGCAUGCCCACCAGCUUCUUGUGCAAUUGCUGUAUGACGCUGAACCACACUGGGAAAAUGGAUUUCAAAAUAAAAGA